ACGCAGCAUUUAAUAGUGUCGACGCGAAUACAUCAGCACAUUCUCUCCUUUCCAAACAUCUCUUUGGAUCCUUAAAAAAAUUGCUUUUUCUUGAUUUCCCUUUCUACCACUUUUAACUCUUUCAUAACUCUUUGAACUUAUUAAAGAGUACCAUUCUAUUGAAACUUCUUUAUCCUAUACUUCUUGGACACGUAGAUUUCUUUUAAAAUAAUGUCGCUGAACCCUCAACAUCUGGACAAGAAAGCCGUUUUCUUCAUCAUCGGACCCUCUGGUUCAGGAAAAACUACAAUGGCCAAGUUUUUAGCUGAGAAGCUUGACUAUGAUUACAUCGAAGGCGAUGACUUGCAUCCCAAGGCAAACGUCGAGAAAAUGAGUUCCGGCCACCCUUUAAAUGAUGAAGACCGUUGGGGUUGGCUUUAUAACUGCGGAGGUGCGUGCGCUUUGCAGUUGGAUGACCCAAAAGUAAAAGGGCUCGUUAUGACUUGCUCAGCAUUAAAGGUGGCCUACAGAGAUGUCCUCCGUGAAUCUUUAAAGCACCGUCCUGGAAGUGUCCACUUCCUCUACUUGAUGGCUUCUAAAGAGGUGUUGGUCGAGCGUACCAAAGCCCGGAAGAACCACUACAUGAAAGCUGACAUGGUAGACAGCCAACUACGCGAUAUGCAAGCCCCCAAGGAGGACGAAAAGGAUGCCUAUACUAUAAACAUCGAAAAUUCUCCUGAGGUUUCUCAGAAGAUUGCAUAUGAUUUGGUUGAGAAGAUCAUGAAAGACAAGGACGAGGAUAUUAAGCACAAAUACUAAAAGUUCAUUUUAUAGCUUAGCUUUUCACAUUUCCUUUAGAUAUAGAUAUGUAUAUGCCUAUUUAGUUACUGAUUACUGACCUACUUGUGCGCUUCGUUCUGUACGUACUAUUUCGUAUUGAAAAUGUUGGCUAAUUUAUUAGUUCCACUUUUUCUUCCUGAUUCGUAAGAUAAGAAAACAACAUAUUCAUUAGUAUUAACAGGAAUCAUGAUCAUGAA